UUGGAUGCUGAUAACUAUGAGACUGAUCCAUGUCUGAAAGAGAUUCGAAGAGCAGAAAAUUAUUCUUGGAUGGAUAUAAUAACCAUACAUAAAGACAAGCUUCCAAAUUAUGAGGAGAAGAUAAAAACAUUUUAUGAAGAACACUUACACCUAGACGAUGAAAUUCGCUACGUCUUGGAUGGAUCUGGCUAUUUUGAUGUUCGAGACAAGGAUGAUAAAUGGAUCCGGAUUUCCAUGGAGAAAGGAGACAUGAUAACCCUCCCUGCUGGCAUAUAUCACCGCUUUACACUGGAUGAGAACAACUACGUGAAGGCAAUGAGGCUAUUCGUUGGAGAACCCGUCUGGACAGCAUACAACAGGCCGGCUGAUGAUUAUCCUGCUCGGAAACAGUAUAUGAAGUUUUUGGCUGAAGAAGCACAGUAAUGGUGCCCGAGACCUGACAGGUGGAACAGCCUGAAGCCCUGUCAGAAUAAAUGUGACCAGUAGCUUUUCACUGAUUAGACUUCUUCUAUU